GUGGACUUUGGAGUCUGUGGUAUUGUUUUCUGUCAAUCAAGCUGAUUUUGCGUCGUUUGUCGUUUCGUAUCAUUUUAUUAUUUAUUUUGCUUUGUUAGAUUACUACAAUUCAAUUUCCUUAUGUUAACGUAGUGGCACAUUAUGGCGAAUCAAGAAAUAAGUUUAAAAUGGAACGGGUAUCAAAGCAAUAUUUUGUUUAACGUAAAAGAAUUAUUCAAAGACGAGUGUCUGUCGGAUGUUACAUUGGUCUCAGAGGGUCACAGUUUUAAGGCUCAUAAAGUAAUAUUGUCAGCGAAUAGUUCAGUUUUUAGGACAAUAUUCCAGCAAAACCCCCACAAGGAUCCAAUUAUAGUGCUUCAUGACAUCAGUACGGCCUCUUUGCGCACGCUGCUGACGUUUAUGUACAAUGGGGAGGUGAAUGUGACUGAGGAAUUCUUGCCAAUACUCUUGAAGACUGCAGAAACAUUGCGAAUCUGUGGCCUAUCUACUGGCAGUGAAGCUUCACGUGAAGAAGAUAAAACUCCUGGUGCUGCUGUGCCAAAAAAACGUAAGAAAAGUGAACAAGAUGACAGUGGCACUAAAUGUAAGAAAUGUGUCUCGGUACAGGGCAAACAAGAUGCUGCAACAAAUAAUUUCGUGCCAAAGUUGGAACCAGAUGAAUCACCUUUAACUGAUUAUUCAGGAGAAAACACAAAUGAUACUGAUAUAGCUGUUCUUGAUGAUGUUGUUGAAAAGAAGAAUAAUAAAUCAUCAAACACUCAGUCUAAGAAGAGAAAGCGGGACUCUGAUAACAACAAUAAAUGUAAAAAGUGUGUACCAGUAGAUUCGGAAACUGUACACAAGAUAAGCUCUGAUAGCGGAAAACAAUCUAACAUUGUGCUGAAAAUUGAACCAGUAGAAUCACUUUUAACUGAAUAUUCUGGAGAUAAUACCAAUGACACUGACAUAGCUUUACUAGAUGAUUCAACAGAGAAGAAACUUACAGUGGAAAACUGCCUUAAUAAAAAAGCACAUAAUUUGAGCGACCGAAUUGAUAAAAGCGAAGUGAGUAGUACUCAGCCAUGUUUGAAUGAAAAGAUUAAUAAUGGAGAUGCAUCUGAAGAAAUAAUUGAAAUUGACAAGGAAGUGGAAACCGUCCUGCAGAGCGGAACAAGGAUCGAGUCACUCAGUAUAAAGACGGAGAAUUUAAAUUUGGUGUCUACUGAUUGCAAAGAUCCAUCAUUCCCUUGCCCAUUUUGCCCUCGAGUGUACAACAGUUGGGGAUACAGACGAAGACAUGUGAAGUCCAGGCAUGUCACUAACAGGCUGUCAUGCAAAUGGUGUAUAUCAGUGCUGCCAUCUACAGGGGCAUGGUACACUCACGCAACUCGCACCCAUGGAGUACCGCACGAGGAGGCACGGAACUCUUUGGUUGUAAUGGUCGAAGCUCAUGCUGUGUUGACUCUCAACGAACCAAAUGUCACACAGUUACUCGUCUGAAGAAACAGAGAGUAAAGAAAAAAAGAAAGAAAGAAGGAAAUAAUAAAUGGAAGGCUUAUAAAGGUAAAGGUAUGGCAUAUCAGGUUUAUUUUGACAAAUGAAAUUGUUCAGUCAUUGAAGGGAUUCCUCAAAGUUUAUUAGUGUUUCGUUUUUUUUUCUUUAAUUCAUGUUCCAAAUAAUGUUGAGUUGUUUAUGCUCAGUUUACUAACAUUAAUUAUGAAUUUUUAUAUAUAUAUUAUGACAGGUAGUUUUUCAGCCUACUAUUUUUAAUUUAUAAUAUUUUAUUUCGGCUCUCUUAAGGACUUUAAAAGUCCAACCAAUAAGUACCUAUGUUAUCAAACAAACUUAGAAUCCAUUUUUAGUAAAAGUUUAUUAGAUAAUAAAAUUGACAUUUUAAUAAGCUUUAUUUGGUAUGUAAAAAAAUACCAUUUAAUUGUUUUGACCAAAAAUUUUUAGUUCGUGUUUCAGUUUUGUUUUUUUUACUUAUGCGCCAUUAAAACGCCUUUAGCACUUCCAAAAGCCAAACUGUAAUUUUAAAUAAUUCCUUGAAAUAUUCUACAACCUUGCUUGUGUCAAUGAGCAAAUAGUUUUUUUUUGUACUCUAUAAACUUAGGGCCAGUCAAAUAAUUUCACAACUGC